UACUUUCAAUUUCUCAUUCUACCUACAUAAUUAUCUCCUGGCUUUUUAUUUCCUUAAGUUAUACCUCAGCAUUGUAACAACACCCAUAGAAAAUCAGAAAACGUCGUAUUCAUCAUAACUGCUCACCCCAUGGCGUAUCUCUGGGGCCCUCGAAGGGCUUUACGUCUCGCAGUAGUGCUUGCGACGGCCACUUCAGCCGCAUAUAUCAGACCGAAUAUCCUGCUCGAGAGAGCCGAUAGCACUUGUGCCGCAGACUUUACGAAAUGCGCAUUAUCCGGGCUGCCGGACAACUUCUGUUGCGAACCGAAUACGACGUGUAUAGCCCUGGCUGGCAACACGACGGUAUUAUGCUGCCCGGAAGGCAAGACCUGUAACAAGAUAAAUCCCAUAACAUGCGAUCUCGCGUUACAAGAUCCUGUCACAAACCCAGAAGCUGAGAUCAAGACAACGGCACUCGAUGGAAUUCUUGAGACGUGCGGGACGGGAACUUGCUGUCCAUUUGGUUACCAUUGCGACGGCACGAUAUGUGUGAAGAACACCGACCAAAGUCAGAAGCCGGAAACAAAACCAAGCUCCACAAGCACGUCCGCACCAGCUCCUACUUCCUCGCCUCCUUCGACAUCUAAGACAACUACUGUGGCCGUAAGCGAGAUAACGUCCGCUACGCCACCUCCCACGUCGCCCACGCCGCCUACCGCUCCGGACACCGAGCCAACCGACGAACCGCCUAGCGAGCCGGUUACCGAGGCACCAGCGCCGUCAACAACGGGCACGGCCGACACCGUGAGAAUUGUCGGGGGAGUCAUAGGAGGUGUUGUCGGCUUCGUCCUCGUAAUUCUAGCCGUAAUCUUCGUGCGGUACAAGCGCAAGGAGCAGCUCCAGAGACAGCAGCAAUUGCAGCGUCCCGACUCGACUUCAUCCUUCGGCAACAUCAUCAGUGCGCCCGUGCCUCAUGCUAAGUAUCCGAACGAGCGCAUAGAUUUCCUAGCGAAGCGGCCCCAGUCCGGCUCGCCUCGGAGCUUCGCGCCGUCGUCUCCGACGGCCGUGGCGUCGCCCGGCAGUCAUCAGAAGCCCGAUGAGGGAUAUGGCGGAUUAGGGUUUAUGCCGCCGAACUCGCCUUACUCGCCGUACUCCCGCCGCCCGGAUAGCGAGAUGUCAGACGCACCGCGCAGCUACCACGCUUCGGCCGAGAUCGGCGGGCUCCGGAGCUUAACAGGCUGGAAGACGCAUCAGCAGAACGGCGGCGGCGGGGGUGGUGCUAACAAUUACUCUCACGUCCCGGCACCCCUGGUCACCCUAACGCCGGCACGGGAUGGUACUAUAAAGGGAAAGAACAAAGGGAAAGGCAAAGGCAAAGAAAGGGCUCGAGGCAACAACGGAGACGAAGACAUGAGUAUUAAUAUCUUUGCGGACCCGCGCACGGUGGCAGACGGCAGGCCAGAUAGCUCCGUGACGACGUGGUCGACUAUCCAGCAGCGGGCUGAUAAUAAUAGCAACGCGACGCCGACCAGGGGGCAAGCGAGGUUGGGAGAUGAACUGCCGAGAUGGAGGUGAUAAGACUCACUCCACCGAGCAUUGCCUACCUCACGAUACGCAUAGCAGAGCGGGCAUAUAUUUCUUUUCCGUCAUCUAAGCUAGGUAGCUAAGCCGAUCGCUUAUCUUCAUUUUUCCUUUGUCAUCAUCCAGUAAAAAAAAUCUAGGAUUCGGGAGGGAGGGACGCUUCUAUCAUGAUACCACUGGGCGGACAGGCAGGCAGACAGGCAGAAUAAGCCGGGCGGGGUUUUGCAUUGUACGGCGUUGGGAGGGGAGGUUCAUUUGCUUUUUUUUUUUUAUCGACUUUACUAGGUAUGGGUUGGAAAAGGAGGGACGAGUUUGAUACUAUGCUUCCGUGGAUAUACGAUACGAUAGGCGCCCUUCUUCGCAGAGAUCAGAGCAUUGAUGUAUAUUUUAUAGGUCGGUUAGGUAGGUUCGGUACCUAAGGUACCUUCGUGGUAUUUAUUAGGGGGCGGAGGGUGCUUUGAUUUGCUGUUAUUAUGUCUUUUUAACUAUGUGCCUGGCUGGGUGCGCCCUAUGCAUAGGUUAAUAAUACUUUCGCUUCUAUAUGCUUUUGGGG